UAUUGUCUUGGUGAGAUUGCAGAAAUCCCAGCACCAUUUUAGCCAUGACAACGCCCCGUAGCAUGAUCUUGAGCCUUUCCUUCAUGGUAGCCUCUGCAGGCCAUGCCAUCCAAGGCAGAACCUGCAGUUGUCUGCAAUUUAACUACCCCAGCUUCGACAUGACCAACAAGAAUGAUUUCAGCUUCAGCCCAGGUUCAGCAAUUGCAAAUGGUUCCCUGAGAAUCGUGCCGAACACCGGAAACUCGAGCCACCAGUCGGGAAGGGUGGUAUACGUAAAGGAAACCCUCAAGCUGUGGAACAGGAAGCGAACUGUGCUCACAUCUUUCAGGACGCAGUUCACGCUCAACAUCCUCCCGGGAGAAGGUAUGGCUUUCAUACUCACAAAUAGCCUGUCGUUGCCCAGGAACAGCGGCGGCCAGUGGCUCGGCGUAUGCAACAACCAGACAGAUGGUGCGCCAACGAACCGAAUAGUAGCCGUGGAAUUCGACACGAGAAAGAGCUACCAGGACGACCUCGACGGCAACCAUGUCGGCCUCGACUUGAACAGCAUCAAAUCUGUUUAUCCGUACCCGCUCAGCAAUCUUUCGAUCAUCCUGUCAAGCGGCUCGGAUGUCUUGGUUAGUAUCAUCUACAACAGCACAUCACAUGCUUUUGUAUUAUCUGUAAGCCAGCGCAACACAAGUGGCAGUGGGGGGCAUAAUUGGCGAGAGAGCUGGCCGGUUGAUCUAUCACGGUACCUACUGGACGAAAUAUAUCUGGGAUUCGCAGGUUCCACGGGUGAUUACACCCAACUGAACCAGAUAAAAUCGUGGAACUUCACCACGAUAGACGACAUACUCGUCGCUGAAAGAACAAGACACGGGAAGUGGGUGUUUUUGGUUCUCAUUGCCUUGGUUUUGCUCGUUACAUGUUCAUCGUUUCUUGUGUUGUUGGUGCGGAGAAGGGUGACACAGCGGAGAAGGCUAGCCUACCGCACGCUCGAGAAAAUGAUCGACGCACAUGGCCCGGUUAGAUUUAAGCUCAAGGAGUUGAAGCACGCGACCGCCAACUUCAGCCCUCACCGUAAGCUCGGUAGAGGCGGCGGCGGCACUGUUUACCUUGGAUACCUGAAUGGGAUCAACAGAGAGGUGGCUGUGAAGCGGGUCUCACUCUCAAGCCGAGGAGAGAAGGAGUUCGUGGCGGAGGUGAACACGAUCAGCAAGCUCUCCCACCGCAACCUUGUCAAGCUGAUCGGCUGGUGCCACGAGGGAGGCGAACUACUCCUCGCCUACGACUACUUCCCCAUGGGCAGCCUGGACAAGCUAUUGUUCGCCAAUGCCACGACGACCACGUACUCGUCAUCGGCGCUCACAUGGGAGCGGCGAUACAUGAUAAUCUGUGGCGUGGCAUCUGCACUCGACUACCUUCACCACGGGAGCAGCAAGAGGAUCCUCCACAGGGAUGUCAAGCCCAGCAACGUGAUGCUCGACGAGGCAUACAACGCGCGGCUGGGCGACUUCGGUCUCGCCCGUGCCAUCCAGCUCGAUGGAGCGACACACCACUCGACGCAGGCGGUUGCGGGCACUCGGGGCUACAUGGCGCACGAGAGCUUCUUCACCGGUCGUGCCAGCCUCGACACAGACGUGUAUGCCUUCGGCGUCUUUGCCAUGGAGGUUGUCAGCGGGAAGAGCCCAAGCAGGUCCAUGCUAUAUGAGACACAAGAAAUGUACAUUGUGGAUUGGGUCUGGAGGCAUUACAGCCUGGGGAAAGUCAUGGAGACAGCCGACACGGUGCUUGGAGGAGUGUAUGACGAGAUGCAGGUGGAUUCUGUGGUGCGGCUGGCCUUGGCUUGCUGCCACCCGAACCCGAGGGAUCGACCGUCCAUGCGGACGGCGGUGCAGGUGCUAAUCGGUGGAGCGCCUGCCCCGACUCCCCCAUUUGAGAGGCCUGCCUUUGUUUGGCCACUGUCAGGCAUGCAGCAGGAGAUGGAGCUGCCGCAAGUUGGUGUGCUCUUCACGGGAGGACAGCUCAUCACCUCCACUUCCCUCACAGGAAGGUGAGCAUCUCAAUGGCUGGUGCACUUGUACCGCCGAGUGUCUCAGUUCAGGGUCUAGGAAUUCAGGGGUCAAUGUUCGAAAUAAAAAACAGAGAGGGGGUCUUCUUGGCCUAGGCCCAGCAACUCCGCCUAAAUGUACUGUCAGAUUCAUGCUAGUUUAUACAGGGUCAGCAGUCUGGUUAGUUGAUAUGUGAUGCAGUCAUGCAGAGUGUUAUUGAACACUAAACUCUUACCUCUCUGUAUGUCUCGACCAAGACUUAGGAUCAACGCCAUGAGUGAAGGCUCAUAGGUGGUGAUCUAAAGUGUUACCCUACGGAACCUCAUCGCAGACGGCUCGGACCAGCCAUCAUAGACUAUUUGGAGUUGUCUGUCAUAUGAACAUUUGGAUCGCAUGGCUGUCUAAAGCCGUCUGUGAUGAGUAAUCAAAAUAAAUAAUGAUGACGAUCGGCAGGGCGCUGAGACUGGCCUCACCGACUCACUCUUAUGCCAGAAACAGACCACCAACCGUCAGGAAUGGCGAAGCCGCUAGUCUCACGCACCCCUACCCUUAGCCGUGCACUCUGUACACCACUAAUGGCCAGGUCGUCGCCCUAGCUCUGCUUCUACAUUUCAGUUGGCCCAAAACACUAAGGUGUAAUCCACGAAAACGCUUUUAUUCUUUUCGCAAAACAAAAGUGAUUUUAUUCGAUUCUUUUUCUUGGUACACUUUGAAAUUACUAGCAAACAUGCCUGAAGAAAAGAAAACAUCACACGGCCCUAACCUAAUAAGCAUGACCAACCCACCUGUGCUGCCGUUUAUCCUCCUUCCCAUCCUUCGUGUGUGUGCGCGCGCGCAUGUGCGUGUUCUGUAAUGGCAAUGAAUGACAACACAUUAAGAACUAAAGUGGUAAUGAAAAGCCUAUUAUCAGCAAUAUCCUCACGAUAUGAAGAAGUUGAAAAGCUUGUGAAAACAAAUAAAUAAUGAGGCAAUUCUGAACCUCAUUACCAGAAAUUCGACAUGAUUCAGUGCAACCACAUUGAAAAGAAACAUAACUAUGGAAUUAGGCUAGCUAUGCAACCACAUUGAAAAAAAAACUAUGCUUAUAAAAAACAGUUUCAUCCAUGAAGCAUGAAUGUGCUCUCUGCUUGCAGAAGUUCAUGGAGUAAAUAUAUAGAUAUAGAUAGAUCAGGCCAGAAAAUGUGAGGCACCCGGCUCUAUUCUUGUACAAUAUUUUUGGUGUUUUUGCUUACUGUUUCUUUCCCUGACAACCAAGCUGACAUUCUAAUGGAUAUCUUUCCAUGUUCUUAAUGCAAAGACAGUAACAAAAAGAUUAAUUCCACAUGCACACGAAAGGUGCAUAUUUUACACCAUUAUUAGGAACAGGUACUAGGAGUACAACUAUUUUUAUUUCUUUAGCACUCUGAAAUCUGAACCAAAAUUCAGACUGCACAGAGCUAUGAUGAGAUUCAGAAAAGAUCAAUGUUAUGUUCUCCUGGUAAUCAUCAACUUACAAUACUAGAUGCUGAUAACUUUGAACUCGGAAUCGAACUUCUAUUUUUGGCAAAUGCCAAGCAAACACAUCGGAGAAGCUGAACCAACUUUCUGGCCAGAACAAACAAAUAUAUAUAUAAAAAAAUUGAGGCUAGCUAUGUUCAUCACCUUCAUUCUACUACAUGCUCUGAACUCUAAAGAAUUGUUUUUCCUGUUCAGUAGGAAAUACCUUGUUACAAAUUUCGGCAUAAAUCUUUCCUUAACUGGCCUCCUCUAUACGUUAGACAUGCUAGCAAUUAUGCCCCAUGAUCACAUCAAAUGCCAACAGCAAGUAACAAUGUUCAUUCAUCUUUAAUCAUGAUGGUACAACAAACACCGAAAAUAAUAAAAAUUACAUCUAGAUCCGUAGACCAUCGAUGGAAGACUUAAUCAAUGCUGAAACUAGAGAGUGAGAUGAAAUUCAAUCAGGAUUUUUUUUCCUUGACCUGUGGAAUGAUUGAGGAAUUUGUUUCUUGGCCUAUAACAGGAGCUGUACAUUUUUUAUGAGAACAGCAUAUUGAGUAUCUCAAUAGUUGGUGCGCUUGUUGUUGAACCGGUAUGGGCCCUAGCCCAUCAAGAUCUGUCUCUUGGGCCCAAGCCCAUGAGAGGUGCUGACCUAGAAGAGGAGCCCCUCUUCCCUUGUCCCGAGUGAGCCGCCACAUCUGAGACACACACUCACGCAGGAAACAAGACAGAAAGGAGGCUGCUGUAUGAAGGUACCCAUCUCCCGAUUCAACAUGGUAUCGAGCCAGGCGACGACGGUGGCGGCGUAGUCCCUCGCCGGAGAGGCGGCGGUGGGGCCCAGCGGGGUCAGGCGAGAAAGGAGGCUGCGUGCGUGCGCGAGGCGGCGGGUCUGCUGUGGUGCGUGCGGCGGCGGCGCGGCUGGGCUCGAGGAGCUGCGACGCGGCCGGGAAGGUGCUGCUUCCUCUUGUCCUGCUUCGCGUCCCUGGGGUGGCUAGCUGCGAAGGGGGCGGCCGAGGAGGGCUGCUGCAGGCUGUGCAGGCGGCUGCGGCAAGAAGAGGAGGAGGAAGAAGGCGGCGGCGGAUUUGGGCUGUGUGCGAGUCAGGCUGCGGCGGGGAGCUGCUGCUGUUGGUGCUGCUGAACAGAAGAGGAACUGCAGCUGCUGCUGCUGCCUUGUGUUGUUCCUGGAAGCUUGCCGAGCUGCUGGUGCUUGUGCGGCUGGUUCUUGGUGCUGCGGCAGAGGAAGAAAGAAGUGCAGCCUGCUGGACUGCUCGUUCUGGAACAGGAAGAGCCUGGGCUGGACCGCUUGUGUGCUUUAUAGAGAUUUUUUUUUCUCUGUGGACUUGCUGUUGUGAGCUUGGUGUUGUGGUGGUGGUGGUGGUGCUGCUUGGGAAAGAAGACUCUCUGAGGCUGAGUUUUGCUGUU